AUGGUCGUUGUUGCUUUGGUUUUCGUGGUUUCCAUGGUCUAUGCAGACUUGUCACUGCUUACAAAGCACGGGUUUUUCCCUUUUGGCUUCUCUGGUGUCAUGAAAGGUGCAGUGGCAGCAUCUGUAGGGUUCUGUGGAUUUGAGGCGAUCGCGCUCAGCUCUGAAGAAGCCCAUAACCCCAGCAGAGGCCUUCCCAUCGGCCUCAUCAAUGCCUUCGGGGUGUCAUUCUCAGCUUUCAUUGCUGCCACUCUGUCACUCACCGUCUUAAGCGACUACAAAGAUAUCCAACCACAAAGUUCGUUUGCGUCAGCUUUCGGAAUGAUCGGUGUUGACUGGUUGAGGUAUAUCGUAUCCCUCGGUGCCAUCAGCAGUAUGACGGGAGGAAUUUUGACUCACUCUUACUGUCUGUCUCGAUUCGUCUACCCGAUGUCACGUGAUGGGCUGCUCCCUGCCCUGCUUGCCAAAACCAACGAGCGAACCAAGACCCCUAUCUGGGCCACCAUGUUUGGAACAUCCCUGGCCGUCAUUUUCAGUGUAGUGAUGGACUUUGCGAGUGUGAUUAAUGUCAUAUCUCUCUUGUAUUUGACGGAGUUUGCAGUAGUUUGUUCUGCUGUAGUCAUUCUGCGCUACAGUCCCCGUGCACGGAGUGGCUAUGUAUCCAUGGACGGCAGAGAUGAGGAUACUGAAAACGGAACCAGCCGUGAUGAAUGA